AUGUUCCGCACACUGCCGAAUUACCUCAAGGUCGCGGUGUGCGUGAAGCGCGUUGUAGACUACACGGUCAAGGUGCGUGUAAAAGACAACAAGGUGCAAACGGCCAACUCGAAAAUGAGCGUGAACCCGUUCGACGAAAUUGCGAUGGAGGAGGCGAUUCAGCUCAAAGAGAAGAAAAUGGCAGAUGAGGUGGUGGCCAUUACGAUUGGUAGCAAAAAGGCCGAGGAGGUGCUGCGCACGGCUAUGGCGCUUGGGUGCGAUAAAGCCAUGCACGUUGUCGUUCCGGAGGCAGCAGAGGAAUCAUUGGAGUCGUUGGCGGUUGCUCGGAUACUGCAAAAGUUGCACGAGGAGAUCAAGCCAGACAUUUGGGUCCUGGGCAAACAGGCAGUCGACGGUGACUUUGGGUGCACGGCACAGUUGCUCGCCGGACUGCUAGACGUUCCGCAGGGCACCUUUGCCUCUAAGGUGGAGGUGACGAACCAGAAGAUUACUGUGACACGUGAAGUCGAUGCCGGCCGUCAGGUCGUGGAGCUCUCGAUGCCGUGUGUUCUGGCGGCAGAUCUGCGCCUCAACACGCCCCGCUUCCCGAAACUGCCGAACAUCAUGAAGGCGCGCAAGAAGCCCAUCGACACGAAGGACGUGGCAGCGUUCGGCGUGGACAUCACACCGCGCCUCACAACGGAGACCGUGACCGAACCUGCCGCCCGCAAGGCCGGUAUCAAGCUGAAGACAGUGGACGAGUUCUACGACAAGUUGCACGAGGCAAAGGUGCUGUAG